AUGAAGAUACAUUUGUUUUUAGGUAUCUUUGGAGUGGGACUCAGCUACUCCCUCAUCAUUCUCCGUUCUUCUUUAGAUUUGGAAAAUGAGCAUCAGAGGUUGGAUGAUCAGUAUCACUCAGUUGUGCAAGUUGACUCAGAUUCACAACAACAACAAGAAGAAGCUGCACAAGUGGAUUCAGAUUCACAAGAAGUCAACACUGAUAUUGUCAUUAUGAAGACACAAUUCACCGCUUGUAUAAAUGCUCUUAAGUUAUGUGAUAGGGAGCUUAUUAAUAUGCUUUCCAAUUAUGCAAAAGAUAACGUCAAGACCUUCAUUGAAUCCAACCUUGAGGACCAUGUCCCGGUUGACAGCAACAUGGUGAUUGAUGCGCUGCCGUCAAACAUUAUCGAUGACCUUCAAGAAGGAGUGAAGUUCAUGGUGGCAAAUGGACUUCAGAAGGAGUGUUGCGAUUCAUAUAGCAGCUGCCGCAGGGAAUACUUAGGAAAGUUCAUUUCCAGUUCACACUUGAAACUCCCAAAUAUUGUGAAUGUGGUUGAGGUGGAAUCAACUGCUCUUGAAUUUGAAGUUAGGAAUUGGAUUACCACUUCAAAUUUAGCAAUGAGAUUGCUGUUUCCCAACGAAAGAAGACUGUGCGAGCGUAUCUUCAUGGGGCUCAGCACGGCUACAGAUAUCGUAUUCACCGAAAUUUGCAGGGAAUUCACGAUACAUCAAUUCAAAUUUUCAGAUUGCUUUACAUUUGAAGUUUUUCCCAUGAGCGUAAGAGUUUUCAAGGCACUGAAUGACUUGAUUCCAGAGUAUGAAUCAUUGUUUUCCCAGAAAUCUUGUGAUUCAAUUAGAAAUGAAGCUAUCAGUAAUUGGAAGAGACUGGGGAAAGCAACCAAAGGGAUAUUCAUAGAGUUGGAGGAUUGGAUUUGCAAUGAUGAAGCCAUAUCAGAUGUUCCUGACGAGCUUUAUCCGAUCUGCAGAAAAGUGAUAGAGUGCCUUAAUGUUGUUUUCAAAGCUUGGGUCAUCCUUCCCCUUGAGAAUUUUUUCGAAGAACACCCCAUGGUUGUUCAUAGAGAGGGAAGCCCGUCUUCAUUCUUUAUCCAGUUGAUUAGGAUGAUAGAGCUUCUAGAGAAGCAUCUGGAAGUCAGGUUCAAAAGCUGUCCGGACCGUGCUCUGCGCUGCAUUACAGCGAUGAAUAAUGUAAGGCACAUUGAACAGAAUGCAAAAAAAUGGAACUGGGAUACAAGACCCAUGUAUAAUAGUGGCAUAAUUAGAAAACUGAGUGCAAAAGUCAGACACAACCUUGAAGACUACCUAAGAAUCUCGUGGGAUGAUGUUGUUGGGCUUUUGAAGCUGGGAGAUAACGAAGCAUACUCAGCGGAGUCUAUGAAAGAGAAUCUCAAAUUGUUCAACUUGCACUUUAAGGAAAUAUGCAGGGUUCAGUCUACAUGGUUUGUCCUAGAUGAGCAGCUAAGAAAAGAAAUAAGAGAGUCCAUAGAUAAUAUCUUGUUGCCAAUAUAUGGAGUCUUUAUUGGAAAGUUGUAUGAUGUUCUUGGUUCGCAUGCCAAUGAGUAUAUUGAGUACUCAAUGCUUGACAUUGAUGCUCUGCUCAACGAUUUGUUUCGUGCAUAA